UUUUCAGAAAUCUUGACCUAUGAAGAGGUUUCGUUGUAUCUUUCGAAAACAAAACGGAAGCGGCCGUUGGUCCUUUGCGGUCCGGAAGGGGUUGGUUGUUUGGAGUUGCGGCAGCGUCUUGCAGAAUCUGACAACCAGAAAUUUGGUAGUGCUGUGCCACAUACCACACGCCCGAAGAAAUCAAGUGAACUGGAUGGUGUACAUUACCAUUUCGUAACGAAGCAAAAGUUCCAAGAGGAUGCAAAAGUGGGUAAAUUCAUCGAAUACGGUGAAUUUCAAAAGCAUCUCUAUGGCACUUCUCUGGCAUCAAUACAAGCCGUCAUCGACAAAGCCAAAAUUUGCUUACUUACUCUUAAGGUUGAGAAUCUAAAAGCACUUCGGAGGACAUUGUUUAUGCCUUAUGUUGUAUUCAUUGCUCCUCCCUCGCUCCAACAGCUUCGUCGUCAGAAAGAGAUUCUCGGACAGCAUGGUAUCAAGGAUGAACAGCUGAAAUUGAUUCUAAAUGAGGGGAAAGUUACAGAACAGAACUAUGGUCAUUUGUUUGAUCGAAUCAUCGUGAACGUCGAUUUGGAUCGCUCGCUGGAAGAGCUCAAAGAAGUGGUUAAAAGUCUAGAAACCGAGCCACAAUGGGUACCCUCGUUUUGGCCAAUCACCACCAGUAAUAAUAUUUCUUCAAAAUACGACGACAGUUAG